AUGAUAGUGUUUCUAUAUGGUUACAUAAUUUCAUCAUUACAUUUUCUCUGUGUUUUUUUGUUUCAUUUUAUUUUAAUUUUUAGUAACAUAAAUGAAAUGGAGCUAGAGAAUGACACACAAAUUUCUCAAUUUCUUCUUCUGGGAAUUUCAGAAGACCCAAGGUUGCAGCCUGUCCUCUUUGGACUGUUCCUUGCCAUGUACCUGGUCACUGUGCUUGGGAACCUACUCAUCAUCCUGAUCACGAUCUCAGAAUCUCAUCUACACACGCCCAUGUACUUCUUCCUCUCCAACUUGUCAUUUGUGGACAUCUGUUUCACCUCCACCACUGUACCAAAGAUGCUAGUGAACCUCCAGUCACAUUAUAAGUUCAUAAUGUACAAAGACUGCAUCACUCAAAUGCUUUCCUUCAUAUUCUUUUCAGGUCUGGACAUCUUUCUGCUAACCAUAAUGGCUUAUGACCGAUAUGUGGCCAUUUGUCACCCCUUGCAUUACACAGUCAUCAUGAAUCCUAGACUCUGUGUGUUGAUGGUUGUGGUGUCCUGGAUAGUAAAUGUCCUGCAUGUCUCAUCACAAGGCUUCAUGGUGCUGCAGUUAUCCUUCUGCACAGAAUUGAAAAUUCAUCACUUUUUCUGUGAGCUGAAUCAGGUGUUACAACUCACCUGUUUAGACAACUUUGUUACUGUCCUUGUCAUGUAUCUUUUACCUGUGUUGUUGGCAGCUGGAUCCCUCAUUGCCAUCCUCUGGUCUUACUACGAAAUACUUUCCUGCAUACGUGCCAUCUCAUCAGCUCAAGGGAAAUACAAAGCAUUUUCCCCGUGUGCAUCUCACCUCUCGGUUGUCUCUUUAUUUUAUUGCACAGGAAUAGGUCUAUAUCUGAGCUCUGUUGUAACAGAAAAUUCGCAGUCCACUGCCAGAGCCUCAGUUUUGUACAGUGUUGUCACUCCUAUGUUGAACCCAUUCAUCUAUUGUCUGAGGAACAAAGACAUAAAAAGUGCUGUGAAAAAGUUUUUGAGGUAGAAACAAAAUCACACCUGUUGAGCCUCAAAAAAAAAAAAAACACCCAUGACUGCAGGAUUCAGACCCUCAGGUCAUAUCUGAGAUACAUUGCUCUGAUUGUAGAAGUAGAAUAUGCUCCUUCCACUGUGCUCUUGGAAGCUCUCUGAAUAUGGCUUCACUAUUCAAUUUAAAGUCUUAUUUAUUCUUAUUUUUCAUUAUCCCUGAAAUAUCCAACCUUCUCCAUUAUCUCAUUUUCUAUAUUUUUCUAAAAAAUACUUAAAAUUUUCAAUUAUCUGAUACCACAUGUUUAAGUAUAAUUUAUUUCAAAUGACAUAUAUAACAAGUAUACUUUUACUUGUUUAAAAUAGUAGUAAAUUUUAUUACUGUUAAGAAAAACCAUACUUGGCACACAAAGCUCCAUAUAUAAAUUUAUGGUGAAGGAAAAUCACAAACUAUGGUUUUUCAAUAUGUAUUCUUCAUCUCAUAGUGUAUGAUUAGGUAAUUGCCCUUUCUUGUGAUAUAAUAUUAGUACAUUAUGGCUGGAAGUUAUAUUUUAUUCUUAUACUUAAAAUCAUGUUUCUAUUUCAGUUCAUUGUCCUGUAUAUAACAUAGUCUUAUCCAAUCCAGUGUUUGAAAUCUUAGCUAUAACAAUGAGAUAAGAUAUAAUAGGGGUAAAAAAGGGGAAAUGAAGAAGUCACACUCUUCCUCUUUGCAGAUGACAUGUUUCUAUACUUAAUAGAACCCAAGACACUAUAGGAAAACUUAUUUUAUAUUUAAUAUAUAUGUCUAGUAAAGGGACAGGAAAAAAAAUCAAAGUAAAAUUCAGUAGCUUCUAUAUAUACCAAUAAAGAACUUGGGUGAGCAACAAAUUGGGGGAAAAUAUCACAUUCAUGAUAUGUACAAAAAUAAAACACCUAGUAAUAAUCAUAACCAAAGGAGAGAAAGACCUCUAGAACAAAAACUUUAAGACAUGGAUAAAAAAAAAUAGAGAUGACAGUGAGACCUCCCAUGAUCUAGGAUUGGCAGAAUUAAUAUAGUGAAUAUUGCCAAAAUCUAACACAAUUCCCAUCAAAAUUCCAGUACCAUACUUCACAGAGAUAGAAAAUAUUCAAAUCCAUGUGGAAACACAAAGAGUCACAUAGACAAAGCUAUUCUAAACAGAAUGAACACUGAUAAAUGUAUCCCAAUAGAAACGUCAACCUACACUAUAAAGCCAUAGUGAAAAAGAUAGCAUUGUACUGCCAUAAAAUAUACAUGUAGACCAAUGAAACAGUGUAGUGGUUUAAAUGAGAAUGUGCUCAUAGGCUCUGACAUUUGAACAUUUCAUUACCAUUUGGUGAUGCUGUUUGAGGAGGCUUAGGAGGUAUAGCCUUGCUGGAGGAAGCUUCAUUCAUUGGGGGUAAGCUCCCAGGUUUAAAAGUCUUGCCAUUCCUAAUUAUUUCUCUCUGUUUCCUGUCUCUCUGUUUCCUACUCUGUUCUGUUUCUGGUGCAAUGCCUGCCACUUGCUCCCUUCAUGGCCUCUUAAACAAUCUGGGACGAUAAGGCAAAUAAAACCUUUCUUUUACAUUGUCUUGGCCAUGCAGUUUAUUAUUAGCAAUAGAAAAGUAACUAAUAUAAGCAGAAUAGAGGGCUGAGAAAUGAACCCACAUGGAUAUGGCAAGAACAUUUGAAUCAUGAACUGGUAAUAGUGAUUGAAUACUGUCACAAUUACUGUGGGUUCCCAUGUGUAACUGUGUAUGUUGUUCAGCAAAUAUCACUCUUUUAUACUUACAAACAGCCUCUGGAUUUUAUGGUCUUUAUGGCCCCUCUUCCCUGAAGAUCUCUGGGACAUUGGAGGGGGGCAUAUAAUGUAGAUGACACAUUUAGAGCUGAACAUUCUUCAGCCUCUUUAUCUCUGUACCCUGACCAGUUGAAGAUCUUUGAUUCAUUGCCAUCUACUGCAAAAAUCUAAGCUUCUCUAAUGAGGGUUGAGGGAUGCUCUAGUAUAUGGGUUAAGUGAGAAGUUCUUUCUUCCCAAAAUCAUCCCUACAGAAUCCCAGCAUGGAGGUGAGGGUGUACAUGAAGUCUAACCCCUAGCUAAGGAGGUAUUAGGAAGGAGAUGGAGAGUCAUAUUUCUUUAAUGGUGUUACUCUGAGAUGG